AUUAUUUACACUAUCCUUUUAACAGAAUCCUGUGUCGAGUAACAAACAUCUCGUUUUCAUCGCGCUCAUCUGUUUUUAUUUGGAUGUGCCCAGCUGUUUUUGUGUAUAGUCAGACAGUUUAACUGGGUAAAAACAACAGCAAUAACUGUUACCCAGAAUGCACCGCUAUAAGGCUGCGAGUAAAAAGUGACUGAGGAGGGGGUCCAUCAGUAAAACUGAGUGUAGUAUAUAUUUUAUUAUGUUUAUUAAUUCACUUUUAACUAAGUGCUGACAGGGAGACGAAGAGGAUCGAGCUUAGAUUUCGUCGCGUGUAUAUCUCGGCCAUGCCUCUCUUCACGUCGAAUCCCUUUGAUCAAGAUGUUGAGAAAGCGACCAGUGAGAUGAACACAGCUGAGGACUGGGGCCUCAUUUUGGACAUUUGUGACAAGAUCGGACAGUCUCGCACUGGGCCUAAAGAAUGUCUGCGCUCUAUAAUGAGGAGAGUGAAUCACAAGGAUCCGCAUGUUGCCAUGCAAGCGUUGACGCUGCUAGGUGCGUGUGUGUCAAACUGUGGAAAAAUAUUCCAUUUAGAGGUCUGCUCCAGGGAAUUUGCUAGUGAAGUUAGCAAUGUACUAAAUAAGGGUCAUCCUAAAGUGUGUGAGAAGCUGAAGGCUCUGAUGGUGGAGUGGGCUGAGGAUUUCCGUAAUGACCCCCAGCUCAGCCUCAUUUCGGCCAUGAUCAAGAACCUCAGAGAACAGGGUGUCAUCUUCCCUGCCGUGGGCUCUCAGGCGGCAGAACAAGCUAAAGCCAGUCCUGCAUUAGUAGCUAAAGACCCUGCAACAUCAACAAACAAGAAAGAAGAAGAAGACCUCGCUAAAGCGAUCGAACUGUCUCUGAAGGAGCAGCGGCAGCAGCAGCCUCAGGUCUCUCUGUCUGGCCUCUACCCGAGCACCAGCAGCCUCCUCACAUCUCACAAGGCUGAAGGCAGAAAGGUCAGGGCCAUCUAUGACUUUGAGGCAGCCGAGGACAAUGAGCUCACCUUUAAAUCAGGCGAGAUCAUCACCAUCCUGGAUGACAGUGACCCUAACUGGUGGAAGGGUGAGACGUAUCAGGGUGUUGGGCUUUUUCCUUCCAACUUUGUGACAGCAGACCUGACAGCAGAGCCUGAGAUGAUGAAAACAGAGAAGAAGACAGUGCAGUUCAGUGAAGACGUCCAGGUAGAGACGAUUGAACCGGAGCCAGAGCCUGUCUUCAUUGAUGAGGAGAAAAUGGACCAGCUGCUUCAGAUGAUCCAGAGUGCAGACCCAACAGACGACCAGUCCGACACCUGUGAACUCCUGCAGCUGGAGGCUGCUUGCAACCAGAUGGGUCCUCUCAUUGAUCAGAAGUUGGAGGACAUUGACAGAAAACACUCAGAGCUGUCUGAUCUGAACGUGAAGGUCAUGGAAGCGCUGUCUCUCUAUGCUAAGCUAAUGAAUGAAGACCCAGUAUAUGCUAUGUAUGCCAAAAUACAGAGCCAGCAAUACUACAUGCACCAGACCCCAAACGCUUCCCAACAGGUGUACCCUGCCCAGUCCACUGGAGGGCAGUAUGUAAUACAACCGGGAUACAACGUUCCAAUGGAGCAGCUCUCUGCAAUGAACCAAACAGGAACUUCAAUGGCUGGACAGCCGGCUCCCAGUGAUGCCCACAUGUACAUGGGCCAGCCUCCAGUCUACAGCCCGACUCCUGGCAGCAUGCCUCCAGCUGAUGUCCAGUCCUACCAGAACCCAGCCUGCACUCCAUCGGCCAUGAGCCAGACCCCCGGCUACACCGUGCCCUCCACCCAGAGCCUCCCUGCUACUGCAGACAACCAACAGACCCCUUACUUUGAGAAAGCCCUCUUAUAGGACCCCUAGAGACUCAUACAGACACGCACACUUACGGUCAUGAACAAAGAACAUUGAGCUGACACAAAGUUAUCUCCUAAAUUGCCUUUUCCUCUGUUUCUUUAAGUCACUACAAACAAACAAACACUAUUUCUGACAGGACAGGAUGGGCCGAUUGUUGACUACUAACUGUUGGUGUUCUCACAGAGCGGUUCUGUUUGAUCUUAUACUUUUUUUGGUUUCUUUUAUGAGAACAUUUUUAUUGAAGGUGAUGAGGAACGCUAUGUUAUAUUGUUUAUUUAGCAGUGUCAUUAAAGUAAUAAUUAACAUGGAUGUUUCCUACAGGAAAACACACAAAGAAAGCAUGCUUGUGUUGUACAUACAUUUCCGUAUCAAUGUAGGUUCUGAUAUUCCAGUGUUUUUCACAACAGGUCCUGAGGGGGAGGUUACGACAUCAUUUUAAUUUCUCAUCACUUUCACAACACUUGUUGUGUGUGUUUGUGUGUGUGUGUGUGUGUGUGUGUGUGAGAGAGAGAGAGUGUUCAGGCCCUCAGAAGUCAUCUUAACUCUCCUUCUCCUCCAGAAACAUGUAGCAAAACAUUACCAUUUUCUUGAUAGCCACCCCCAUUUGUUUAAGCUCAAUUUUCAGUGUUAAGAACAUCAGAUGUCUUUUAGUGUAUUUUAUUUAUAUUUUGAUUGUUGUUUUGCUGUUUUAAUUGACAGUACUUUAAUAGAAGGAUGUAAUAUUCUGCCUGUGUGCAGAUGUGUAUAUAAGAGAGCUCAGUCUUUAAUGGGUAACGUUCAAAGCAGUUGCUUUUUCUGUAGAAAGGGCACAUGGGAAGUUUAAGUAAUGCUACUCCACAUCAUGCACUUUUAAUUGACCCUUUUCAUUACCCACGUUACAGAUGUGUCCAUUUAUUUAUGUUUCCUCCGCUCUGAAUGGCAUUGAGCACUGCACUCGAACCCUUCCCUUUUUUUCCAUAACUAUUUAAAAAUAAGCGACAAAUAACUUAGUGGAUUUUUUUCAAACUAACUGUAUACCCUGGGAAUGAAUGAUCAUGUGUAAAUGAUCUGUAGCGUGUAGAAUGAUUGAACUAACCUUUUAAUUUUUCGAAGUCCUAAGUCCAAUGGCUGAGACUGACACUAAAGAGAACAGACUUCAUUUUUUGAAUCUCCUACUCUAAACUAAGGCAGUACCCAACAUUUCUGUCUCUCCAGUAGCUCCAGUAUUAUCACAGUAUUUGUUGACAUUUCAUAGAGAACAUUUUGGGAAAUUGGGACCAUGGGCCAGUUCUAAUGUAACACCUUAGCAUUUGCACACGGAGAUAAUACUCCUUACAUCAACCUUAUCCACAGGGAAAAUGUUUUUGGUGUAUCAGUUCUAUGUACCCUGUUGUUUGUAUGUACUAUUUUAAUCAUCUUAAUUAUUAGUAUUCACAAUAAAACUAGGCCAAAUGUACAGCA